AUGUCACCUGAUGCCCAUCCCCCCGAUGCCGGCACACAGGUCCUCAUCAAUGUGACGUCCGGAGCUAUGGGNNNNGUGUCCUGUGUCCUCAGUGGUCAGCCCUUUGACACGGUGAAGGUGAAGAUGCAGACGUUCCCUUCCAUGUAUCGGGACUUCCUGGACUGCACCGCGCGCGUCUAUCGCUCCGAAGGACUGCGCGGCCUCUAUCAUGGCACCGUCCCGGCAUUGGUGGCCAACGUGGCGGAGAAUGCCGUGCUCUUCGCCUGUUACGGCUUCUGCCAGAAUCUGGUGUCCUCCGUCCUGGGACUUCCUGAUACGUCACAGCUCAGAGAUCAUCACAAGGCUGCUGCAGGUUCCCUGGCCUCGGUCUUCUCCUCAUUGGUCCUUUGUCCGACGGAACUGGUGAAGUGCCGCAUGCAGACUCAGCAUGAGAUGAGACUAUCCGGCCACAAAGGGAUCCCCAAUAAAAGCACCCCGUGGUCCAUCGUACGCGAUAUCCUAAAAUCUGAAGGAGCGGCCGGCCUGUUCCGUGGCCUCAGCAGUACGUGGCUGCGGGAGAUCCCCGGAUACUUCUUCUUUUUUGGUGGCUAUGAGCUGAGCAAGAGUCUUCUCAACAGAAAUUCUGGAGGUCAACCAGGUCCCAUAGUUGUCACCAUUAGUGGUGGUGUGGGCGGGGCCUGUUUCUGGCUUUCCGUGUAUCCGGUGGACUCAGUGAAGUCGAGAAUUCAAGUUCUUUCCAUGGCAUCCCAUCAGGAGGGCUUCUUCCUGUCCUUGCUGCACAUAUUGAAGAGAGAAGGAAUCUUCACCCUGUACGGCGGACUAAUGCCGACCGUGAUCAGAGCCUUUCCCUCAAACGCCGCUCUCUUCCUGGCCUAUGAAAUGACCAAGAGGACUCUGACCACAUGGACCAGCCGUCUGGAGGGCUCUGACCACAUGGACCAGCCGUCUGGAGGGCUCUGA